UUUAUUUUUUUUGGUACCGAUGGCUAGCCCAACAGACCUUUAUCCUCAGGAAAACUUCUCCGAUGUUAGGAAGGUGGGCUACCUUAGGAAGCCCAAGACUAUGCACAAAAGAUUUUUCGUGCUCAGGGCUGCCAGUGAUUCGGGUUUAGCCAGACUGGAGUACUAUGAGAAUGAGAAAAAGUGGAGGCAUAAGUCUGGGGCCCCAAAGAGGUCCAUUCCCCUGGAGAACUGCCUUAAUAUCAACAAGAGGGCGGAUUCUAAGAAUAAGCAUUUGGUGGCUUUGUAUACAAAAGAUGAGUGUUUUGCAAUUGCUGCUGAUUGUGAACAAGAACAGGAAGGAUGGUACCAGGCUCUGGUGGACCUUCAUAAUCGUGGUAAAACACACAGUCACCACAAUAACCAUGAUGGAGCUGCUACUGGGGUAGAUGGAGUCAACGGGGAAGAUGUUUAUGGAGAAAUGACUCCACCAGGCCUGGCCUUCAAAGAAGUAUGGCAAGUGAUAAUGAAACCCAAAGGAUUGGGGCAAAUAAAAAAUGUUGUUGGAACGUACCGCCUGUGCCUGACCAGCCGCACUAUUAGUUUGGUGAAGCUGAACUCUGAUGCAGCAGCUGUAGUUCUGCAGCUCAUGAAUAUUCGGAGAUGUGGCCAUUCAGAGAAUUUCUUCUUCAUUGAGGUUGGUCGUUCUGCAGUAACAGGAUCUGGUGAAUUCUGGAUGCAAGUCGACGAUUCCGUUGUCGCACAGAACAUGCAUGAGACAAUCUUAGAGGCUAUGAAAGCACUGAGCGAGGAUUUUAGACCUCGCAGUAAAAGCCAGUCUUCAUCCAACUGCUCCAACCCCAUAUCUGUUCCCCUUAGGAGACAUCACCUUAACCACCCACCACCCAGCCAAGUAGGGCUUAACCGGAGAGCACGCACAGAGAGUGUUACAGCCACGUCUCCAGCAGGGGGUACGGCUAAACAUGGAACAUCGUCCUCAUUCAGGGUUCGGGCAUCCAGUGAUGGUGAGGGUACUAUGUCAAGACCAGCUUCAAUGGAUGGUAGUCCUGCAAGCCCUAGUGCCAAUAGAGCUCAGUCACAUAGACAUAGAGGAAGUGCUCGUCUACAUCCACCACUUAACCAUAGCCGGUCUAUCCCUACUCCGGCAGCUCACUGCUCUCCAUCAGCUACUAGUCCUGUCAGCCUAUCAUCGAGCAGUACCAGUGGGCAUGGCUCUACCUCUGAUUGUUUGUUUCCACGAAGAUCUAGUGCCUCAGUUUCUGGUUCGCCAAGUGAUGGCGGAUUCAUUUCAUCGGAUGAAUAUGGUUCGAGCCCUUGUGAUUUCAGAAGUUCUUUCCGCAGUGUGACUCCAGAUUCUCUAGGGCACACACCACCAGCCCAAGAAGAAGAUUUGAGUAACUACAUCUGCAUGGGAAAACCAAGCAGUCAAAUUCAAAAAGGCCUUCAACAAAGGUACCACUCAAGUCGGGGAGAAGAACACCAUGACUUGGACAAGGUUUUCAGAAAGCGGACCCAUUCUUCAGGAACAUCCCCACCAACUGUAUCACAUCAGAAGACCCCGUCACAAUCCUCUAUUGAAGAAUACACUGAGAUGAUGCCUUCUUAUCCUCUCCGUCUGUCGUCUUUCAGACACUCUGCUUUUGUGCCCACAUACUCUUAUCCAGAAGAGUGCCUGGAUCUCCACCUUGAGGCUAACAGAAUUAAUCACACGGAUGAUGGAUACAUGCCAAUGUCACCUGGUGUUGCCCCUGUGCCUCCCAAAAGUAAUGACUAUAUGCCUAUGAGUCCCAAAAGUGUGUCUGCCCCACAGCAGAUUAUUAAUCCCAGAAGACAUUCUCAGGUGGACUCAAAUGGCUACAUGAUGAUGUCCCCGAGCGGUAGCUGCUCACCCGAUACUGCAAAUUACUGCAAGAUCUGGACCAAUGGUACAAAUCCUAAGUUGUCAAUGGAAAGUAAUGAUGGCAAAUUGCCUUGCAGUGACUACAUUAACAUGUCCCCAGCUAGUGGCUCCACUACAAGCACCCCUCCAGAUUGCUACCUGAAUACUGUUGAAGAGCCCCCCAAACCAGUUUAUUCUUAUUUCUCUCUACCCAGGUCCUUCAAGCAUGCUCACAGGAAGAAUGAAAAUAGCCAUUUGCGUGUGUCUGCCAAUGCUGGACAUCAUCUGUAUGCGGAGGACUCCUCUUCUUCUUCCACUAGCAGUGAUAGCUUGGGAGGUCAAGACUCACAGCAAACACGGAAGGGUGAGACAUGUCUCCCAGGCAAGCGAUUAACAAGGCCCACGCGACUUUCUUUGGAAACCAGCAAAGCUAGCACUCUCCCCAGGGCAAGGGAACCUGUCUUGCCUCCUGAGCCCAAGAGCCCUGGAGAAUAUGUCAAUAUAGAAUUCAGUGACAAAGCCUUCUCUGGGGGUUCAUUGUCUUCCAUGUGCUCCCUGCCAUAUGUGCAGAGUAGAGUGGUACCACAGAGGGAGAACCUGUCUGAGUACAUGAACAUGGAUCUUGGAGUGUGGAGGGCCAAAACAGCCUAUGCGUCAUGUGCAUCAACCUAUAAACCUACAUGUAAGCCUGCUAACUCACUGUGCUCUCCUGAUAUAUGCAGUAGCAGCCGUCCACCUGUCCGAGCAAAGUUGGUUGCCCGGGACUCAAUGAGCAUGCAAAAUGGUACACUUUGUUCAGAUUAUAGCCAAAUGACACCUUCCAGGAUCACAGCCAGGGCCACCUCUUCUUCUAGUAAAAGUAAUUAUGCAGAAAUGUCUAUUGGCGGGGUCCCUGAAGAUAGCUCUGCUGUGCUCUCAACUCCCAACACAAAUUUGUCUGAAACUCUUCAUUCUUCUCUAUUGGGCCAGGGAUCUGGCCCGAGCGCCUUCACCAGGGUGAGCUUAAGUCCUAGCCGUAACCAGAGUGCCAAAGUUAUUCGGGCUGGUGAUUCACAAGGCAGGAGGCGGCAUAGCUCGGAAACCUUUUCAUCUACCCCUACCACCUCCAGAAUGAGUGCUGGCCCAGUUUCUGGGGAGGAUGUUAAAAGACAUAGCUCUGCUUCCUUUGAAAAUGUAUGGCUCAGACCUGGAGACACUGCCAGGAGGGAAUCUCUUCAGCAUUCAGACCACCUCCAUAAUGGCCUCAAUUAUAUUGAUCUGGAUCUGGCCAAGGAUCUGAGUGUCCUGGAGCAUUGCAACUCCCAUCAGACAGGGGCAAGCCACCCCUCAGAUGACCUAAGCGCCUAUGCCAGCAUCACGUUUCACAAGCUGGAUGAACACCGGAGCCAGGCAGAAACUGAAGAAUAACAAGCUUUGAAAUCUCAGAAAAAGAACAUUAUUUUUUUUUCCCCUCCAAUCUCACGGGAUUACAGACUCCGCAACCUUCACAUCACAACCAAGACCUCACAUCCUCUUCCUCAGUAGAUGGUAUGCUGUAUCCAGUUCACUUUGUUUACUUUACACGCAAACCUCAGGAGUCAAUUGACUGAACCGCACCUUCCUUGUUGUGCCAAUCAAAAAGCACUGUGACGUCUGGACAACGAAGAGUCUGAUCUACUUCACCCAUGCAGUCAAUCUUAAUGCUCUACUACACUCUGCACCGGGCCUUGGUGUGGACAGACUUACUGCUUGCAUAUUUUCACAACUCAUUCAAUUUAAGUUGCUGCUGAAGAUUACAAGAAAAAAAAACUGUAUUACAAGUCAUUGUAAAUUAUUACGUUAAAGAAAAAACUGUUAAAUAAUGUUUGGUGAGAAUUUAAAUAUUUAACAUAGGUUUUUGAUUUAUACAUGUAUUUUUUUAUUUUUAUUUUUUUCCCUUUUGCUAGAGCACAUCAUUUUGAUGUUGGACCUUGAGCUAUUCUGUUGUAAACAGAUUUGGGGUAAAUGCUUAAACAUGGCUAAUACUUAUAUAGAUUGGGUACUAUUCUCCUUUUUAAGAUUGCAAUUGAAAAUGUGUCCUAGAUUACUAGGGCUGUUAUUUUCAGUUUUAUUUAGUGACGGUUAUAACAAUGAUCUAACAGUUUUGCACUCCCUAAAGUAGGGAAAGGUAACUACAGCCUAUCCAGCUGUAGGCCUACUACAAAUCCCGUGAAUCAUUUUGGCUGCUCAAGAUCAUGGGAGCGGUAGUUGGUGAACUUCUGGAGAGGUGUCUGUUGCCUACCUCUGCCUUAAAGUGAUGCUCUUAUUUCUCUCAGUGCCAGACACGGCUACAGCACACUUAAAGGGAUUAUUUUAUGUAUUUGAAGACCCCAUCUACACGCUACUCACAGGUUUGAAAACCUUUUUUUUUUUUUUUUUAUUGCACAGGUACAAGAAAAAAUAAAAUAUGAAAUCAAGAGUCUUCCAUUGUACAUAUUGUAAAACAAAAAAAUGGGGAAAAAGUUGUG